AUGGCUCAAGUCGAGCAGUAUACCAACGACCAGCGAGUCCACCACCAUCCCAACACUGAUGAGAACCAUCCCGCACUCUCAUCGGUCCCCUCACUCCCUGGUCCGGAGUUAGACCCCAAACACUACGAACACCACGACCAAGAUCUACCUGAGCCGCCGCUCUUCUCCCCCCCAGUUACCAACACCACUUUCGAUGAUACCAGCUUCGAUCGACGCGAGGAUCUCUCCAUCGACUCCAUCCAAUCCCACUCGAGCCUGGCCGAUAUCAAUGACAAGUCUCACGAAGAUCAUUCGGCCUCUUUCAACGAGCCACGGACUCCUGAAUCUAUUGCUCCUAGCUUAGAUUACGUGCCCUCCAUCACUAGCGAAUCAGAUGCCUUAUCAGUCGAUCGGGCCAGCCAACCGCCAGAGAUCAUCUCCAAAGCCCAGGCCCACGAUGUAGACGAGGUAAAAGAGGAGACUCCGGAGGAGCAGCAUGUCGACGAUCACGCCCUGCCUUCUACCUCAGAGAAACCUGUCUCGCAACCAAAGUCGCUCGACUCGCCAGCAGAAGCAGUUGAACCACCAAAACCAAUCAGCUCUUCCAUGGACAAAGAAGAACCGAAAAUCGAGGCUGACCAGCCCCCGGUAACCUCAGAACACCAUCCCGACCGCCAAGAAAUCCCGCUCCCGGUUUUAAAAGAAGCCCCGCGAUCCAAGAUCGUCGGCCUCGUCACCAAUACCGCGCCAAUGUCGGUAGACGAAUGGCUGGACAUCAGCAGGACCGAAUUCCAAUUUGCAAUCGGUCUGUUUGCGAUCCCAUGGUCUUCGCUCGUCAUCUUGACCCGAUCGGUCAACUUGUUCUGGACUCUCAUCUUCACCCAGCCGCUCGUCCAUCCGAUCGCCGGGAUCCUGCUCUCGAUCAUCGCGCCCUCGGUUCUCUACACCAGUCUCGUCGCCCUCCUCAUCAGCUCGGCAGCCCACAUUGACUGGUAG